GGUAGUGAUGGCGGCGCUCAGUGAGACUUUCCUGUCACUGGAUACUACUACUCCCAGCCCUCCUCAAAGCAGCCGGAGCAAUCCCCCGGUCUUUAAUUUACGAGUAACAAUUUGACUUGCUCUGCUGCAUGUCAGGUGGGACCGUGGAAAGUGUGGAGACGCCCCGGGGAUUAAGCGAUAGCAGCUUAAAAAGAAAAAAAGCCAAACAAAUAAACAAAACCCACCCGCCCUAACAAACAUGAGGCUACUGGAGAGAAUGAGGAAAGAAUGGUUCAUGAUUGGAAUAGUAUUGGCGAUCGCCGGAGCAAAGCUGGAGCCGUCCAUAGGGGUGAAUGGGGGACCACUGAUGCCAGAAAUAACUGUCUCCUACAUUGCUGUCGCAACAAUAUUCUUUAACAGUGGAUUAUCAUUAAAUACGGAGGAGCUGACAAGUGCUUUGGUGCAUAUAAAACUACAUCUUUUUAUUCAGAUCUUUACACUUGCAUUCUUCCCAGCAGCAAUAUGGCUUUUUCUUCAGCUUUUGUCAAUCACACCCAUCAAUGAAUGGCUUUUAAAAGGGUUGCAGACAGUAGGUUGCAUGCCUCCCCCUGUGUCUUCUGCAGUGAUUUUAACCAAGGCAGUUGGUGGAAACGAGGCAGCUGCAAUAUUUAAUUCAGCCUUCGGAAGUUUUUUGGGCAUCGUUGUAACACCCCUGCUACUGCUGCUUUUUCUUGGCUCCUCCUCUUCUGUGCCUUUUACAUCUAUUUUUUCUCAGCUUUUUAUGACCGUUGUGGUUCCCCUCAUUAUUGGACAGAUUGUCCGAAGAUACAUCAAGGACUGGCUUGAAAGAAAGAAGCCUCCUUUUGGUGCUGUCAGCAGCAGUGUACUCCUCAUGAUCAUCUACACAACCUUCUGCGACACGUUCUCGAACCCAAAUAUCGACCUGGAUAAAUUCAGUCUGAUUCUCAUACUGUUCAUAAUCUGUUCCAUUCAGCUGAGUUUUAUGCUUUUAACAUUCAUCUUUUCAACAAGGAAUAAUUCAGGUUUCACACCAGCAGACACUGUGGCUGUCAUGUUCUGUUCUACACACAAAUCCCUCACAUUGGGGAUUCCAAUGCUGAAGAUCGUGUUUGCAGGCCAUGAGUACCUCUCUUUAAUAUCCGUCCCCUUGCUGAUCUACCACCCGGUGCAGAUCCUUCUGGGAAGUGUGUUGGUGCCAACAAUAAAGUCUUGGAUGGUGUCAAGGCAGAAGGGAGUGAAGUUGACGAGGCCAACAGUAUAAGGAAGGAGGUGGUCUUUCCGCAGCGAUGUAUAUACGUACAGGGUUGUACAUACAAACAGUUCUGAAGACGUGUAUUUGUGAACGUUGCUUCAAUGCAUAUUUUAUUUUUUUACACAAAAAAUAUGACAUAACUGUUUAAGUGCCUUAAAAUAGAUUUAACGAGAGCGUUAUUUCCAAAACCUACUUUGUUGGUUACUGCCAGGGGUGGUUCAGUAUUUUGGAGUUGUUCUUUUUUUUUUUUUUUUUUUCCUAACAUGGGAAACAGUCAUCAUAAGUGACAAAAAGCAAACACGUUUUCCUCGUACCACCUUCUGUGCAAUACAGCUCUCUACCAGCUACUGUACUGUUUGGAAUGAGGUCACACCAUCAGGAAAAUGCCCUUCUCAUGACAGUGAAAAUUUCCAAAGUCUUAUUCUCAGAUACUUUGAUUUCCCGUGUGAUUCUUUUUUUCUGCAACUGUGACAUGCUUCUUCCUUAUCAACUCAGCAGGGGUCAUAGAUUGAAUAGAUGCUGAAAAGCAUAAGUCAUCUGCAUUUCUUGACAUCAGUUUUUAAGACAUUCCUUCAAAUAGUUUCCACUCAGAAAUUCCUCAGUUCCAUUACAAGAGAUUGUGGUGUUCUAUGUCUUAAAUUUAUUAUAAGCUGCUUCAAAGAAAGGGCCUGAUGUUUGAGUUAUGAGUCAAAGUACGUGCAGUUUUCAGAUAAACUACAGGAUUUGGGUUUCAGGAUUUUUAAAAUUAUAUUUCAAAUGUUUUUCAUUUUUCUUCCAUUAUUUCUUUCUUACCUGUUUUCCAGCACACUUGCAAACUCAUAACAACCAAAUGUGAGACCCAAAAACAUUACAAUUAGUUCGAGAGCAGCAACAAUUAAUGAUGGAUUAUUUCACAUUCCACAACGGAGACCAAAAUUUGUUUCCUGUUACACAGAUGUGCUGAGCACAAAUUUCCCCUUUUAGCCAGAAGCAGCCUGUUACAUCUUUGAAUUAAGCACACUUAAGGCAUUUGAGACAAGUUAUUAAUGAGAAUUUCCUUGGCAGAUUUGACAAAUGUUUGCAACAUUUUUUUAAAAAACUUAAAUCACAUUGCUCUUACAAAUAAAUGAAAAUAUAAAGGUCAUAGAGGCAAACAAAUGUACAUAUACACAUUCUGUCUAGCUAGAUGGAAAGAAAAAUAGACACAGAAGAUGCAAAACCAUUCAUCAACCAAAACAUCAAGUAAAAUUAGCUCCCAAUUGGGCAUCAGCUUGCCAUGGAGUAUCCAAUAUUUGCUUCUACUAUGUCUGGAAGAGCUUUCACGACCCAAAUAGAGAAUAAAGCAAUGUACAGAAAUAAGGGAACACUUUUUCUGUUUCCUGCACACCAUUCUGUCACAUCCUCUCUACAUGUCUUUUCGUGAUUUGACAGAUGAUAUUGGCAUCAUGAGUCACACCAUAUCUUCAGCAGCUGUUUUGUUGUUUUAUCAACAACAAAAAAUCAUUCCUUAGAAACUCACCAUGUUUAUCAGUAUCGUAAAUUUACAUUAUUGUUACUACCAGCUCCCAUCUUGUGUUACUCCUGACUCAUUUCAAUGUCACUGAACCUCAUAAAUUUCAUAAGAGUUAGCCUGGGUGUAAGUUUUAAGGCUAGUGCCAGACCCUGCAAAAAGCUAUGCUAAACAGGCUGUUUGGCAAGGAUUCCUAUUGUCAAGAAUUUCACUUGUGUCUAAAACUACAGUAAUUUUGCUUGAUACUUUUGAUGCUUACAUAUGGAGCACAGAAAGGUUUUCAUGUUUUGUUCCUACAAGCUUCUUUGAAUUUCAGAGUGAAUGGAAUUGUCUGUCUGAGCUAUCAUAAAAAUCUUCUCCCUAGCAUUAGAAUACUGAUUUUUUUCCCCAACUUAUCUACCUCUAUUAUCUAACACCUAUAGUAGGUGUGACUAUGGGAUAAAAUUCAACUGAAAAUGAUAUAACAUUUUACCUUUUGCUUUAAAAAAAAUGUGUUCUGUUUUCAAAUAAUCUUCUUUACAUAGUGAAUUUUGGUGGCUUUAUUGAUAUGUGUAUACCUAUUUCUUUUUUUACACAAAUGCUGUGCAUAUUUUUCCAUAAAGGACAAAAAAUAAAAUCAAAAUAUAUUUUUAAUUCAUGCUUAUUGGGGUUUAAUUAUUCAUAUCUUAAAAUAUGUUGUUAUAUCUAUUCUCUAUCUCUUUUAUGCAUUUGUUUUGUCUGAAUGUAUUUAUGAAAGAAAUACGUUAGAUUAUAUUUAUGUUUGCUUGUUUUUCCACCUGUAUUUUUUUUAAUGGUUGUUAUGAAAUUUGAUCUUUUAAAUGGAUACGAAUGCUCAUCUUUUCAUGUGCUCUUUUCUAAGUUUUAAAAUUUUGUGGGUUCUUCUUUUUAUUCUUCCCUCUUCUGGUUAAAACUAACACACCCCUGGCUAAUGUUCAGUGUUUGUUUAUGCUAAAUACCAAAUUUUUUAAAAAGGAUUGGUAAAGUAACGAAAUGGAUUAUUUAUGAUGAAUGGAAGAUGGACAUAAUUCUAUGAUUAAACAAAGAUGUUUCAGAAAUCAC